CUCCACCCCGCGGACCUUGGAGCCGGGGCCUGGCUGCACUGUGGCUCCUCUCCAUAGAAGAUGUUUUCCCUGGGGUCCUGGCUGCCGGCGCUGCCCGGGCUGGCGUGGGGCUGGGCCCUGCUGGAUGCGCUGCUGCAAGGGCUGGUGGGUGCCUGCGCCGUCUCGGUGCUCUGCAGCCUCCUGAAGGUUUAUCUCUACAUCCAGUGUGCAAAUAACCCCGAGAGGCAGGCGGAGAAGGAGGCGAUGGCGGCGCGGCGGCCGCUGCUGGAGCCGCUGCAGGUGCUGGUGCUGACGGCUCUGCUGGCCCUGGUGGGCUCCCGUGUGGCCGCCCUGGUGGUGCUGGAGUUCUCCCUGCGCGCCGUCUGCACCAUCCUCUCCCUCGGCAAGGGCGCCCACAGCAGCCAGCUCUACCUGCUGUGCCAGUACUCCCUGGGCUGCGGCGUGUCCUGCGGCCUCACCUUCCUGCUGGAGGGGGCUCCGCACCGCACCUGGAACCUGGCGCUGGCGGCGGGGCUGGCGGGGCUGCUGGCGCUGCACGCCCGGCGCCUGGCCCGCCACGUCUGCGCCCUGUACGAGCUGCACAGCCGGCAGCGCUACUGCGGCCUGUGCCUGCUGCUGCUGCCCGCGGGCCACGCCAUCCCGCGCCUGCUGCGCAACGCCCUGGGCCUCACCUUCGCCGUGGCCGACCUGGCCGCCGUGGAGCUCAUCAACCGCGAUUUCCUCUCCACGGGCGAGGCCGUGCGCUUCUGGACGCCGCUGAGCAUCUGCUACACCCUGCUGGUCGUCUACAUGCAGGAGGAGUCCCGGCAGAGCACGGGCAGGGGGGCGGCGUUCCGGACCGUGCUGGUGAGGAUGGGCGGCCUCUUCAUCCUCCUCCUCACCGUGGGCCGAUGGACCGACAUCCUGCACGUCUUGGUGUCGCUGCUGGGGGAGCUCUGGUGCCUGCUGCACUCCGGGGCGCUGCUGGAGUCCUGCUGCAGGCAGGAUUUUGCCCAGCAGCCUCGCCUGGAUCGUCGGGCAGGAUCCGGAUCGGGGGAGACGUCCCGAUGAGGAACCGGACAGCAGAAACUCGGGGUGGCUUCGCUGGGCACCCCAAAAUCCCCCACCACAGAUCCCCCGUGGGGACUGAGGAAAAAAGGGCUCCUGGAUGGGGUCCAACCCCAAAAAGGGCUCCUGGAUGGGGUCCAACCCCAAAAGGGCUCCUGGAAGGCGUCCAACCCCAUCCCGUGGGAUGGAGGAGUUGGGGGAAACUUCGCCUUGCCCCUGGUUUUUGGGGGGACUCUGCAAGGUCGCAGCACUGCUGGGGUUUGUCCUCCGGUCCCAGUGGGACUGCAGGCUGCUGAUGGAUGUCCCAUCGUUGCUGGCAGCUGGGCCACACUGUCAGGGGCCUCCAGGGGUUAUAAAUCUCAGAAAAUAAAGGUUUUUUUCCAGCAAAAUCCAGGGCAGAGCAAGCUGGGUUGCCAUUGUACUGGGAAGGCACUUGGGAUGGUGGCGGGGCAGCUUUUUGAGGGAGGUGGGUAGAAUUCCUCCUCGGGAAGGGAAACUGAGGCACGGAGUGGGGUGACCCUCUGUCUGUGCCUCAGUGUCCCCCUGCCUGCAGCCUGCUGUGCUGUGCCAGGGGAUAACAGGCCCUGAGAAGGUGGGUGCAGUUUGGGGAGGGGGGUUCUGGCUGCCUGGGCAUGGACCCCCAAUGUGGGGAGGAGCAGGAGGGGGUCUGGGGGUGUUCGGAGCACGGGGGGCUCUAUAGGGGUUUAUGGGGCAUGCUGGGGCUCUAGGGGGACACAUGGGCGUCCUGGGGGUGCACAGAAGAAAUAUGGGGCAUUUUGAGGAUGGGGCUGAAUGGGGGUAACUGGGGCUGCACUGGAGGAGAGGGGUUAUGCUGGGGGUGUAUGGAGAUAUUAUGGCUGUAUUGGGGCACACAGUGGGGGGCUCAUGGGCACCCCCUGGGGUUGGGUGCCCUGAGGGUGUGCGGGGCUCUCGGGGGGUCCAUGGGAAAACCUGGGAAGGGGCAAUCCCAGAACAUUUAGGGCACCCACGGGGCCAUGGGGCACCCACGAAGCGCUUUGGGGAGCGUGGGGCGGUCGGGGGGUGAAUGGGGCACCCUAAGCACACGUGCCCCCCUCUUCCUCCGCCCGGGGCUGUGGGGCAGGCAGGGGGGAGGAGGAAGAGAGGUGGAAGAGGAGGAGGAGGAGGGAGGAAGGGGCGGUGAUGCCGGGCGGCUCUGCCUUCCCGCUGCCCCCGCCGCGCCCGCGGAGCGCACGGAGGGACCCGCAGCGGCUCCCCAGGUAGGGGACAGGCACGGGGACAGCGUCACCCCCCGAGAGGCUGCAGGGCCACUCCGGGCAGGCGACACCCGUCCCCCCGGCAGAGAACCUCGCCCGCAAGGCACGACCCCCCCAGGUAGGGGACAGGGCCACCCUCAGGUAGGGACCACCCCAGGUGUGGGACUGGGAUCCUCCCCCCAGGAGGGGACAGGGGACACCCCAAUAAGGGACACGGGACACCCCAUGUGCUGGGAUAAGGAUCUCAGUCAUCCUGGGAUGAGACAGGAUGAGGACCAAGAGCCACCCCAAGGAGGGGACUGGGGACUCUCCCAGCGAGGGGAUGGGGGGUCCCAGGCAGGGGGACACGGUGGGGCCACCGCUCCAUACAGGACAGGCACUGCAGGGUAGGGCACAGGGAGCUGUGGGGCUGCACGGUGGGACACGGGGGAUGCUGGGGGGGCUGCAAGGCCACCCCCAGGUGAGGGACAAGAGGACAGUGGGACCACUCGGGGUGGGACACCCAGCGUUGUGUACCCCCAUCCCAUCCGUUUUUCCUUGGGCGUCCUCGGAGCGCCCUCAGAGAGGUCCCUGGGGCAGGGGACAGAGCUGAGGUGCAGCUCCGGAGGGCUGUGUGCCAUCCCAGUUUUGGGGGUUGUGGGGACACCCCAUAAGUGGCCCUGUUCCCUCAAUCCCACCUGAGCGUCCCUCCCAGGAGAUUUCAGGGAGACCAGGGGGGUUCCUUUCCAGUGUGGCCUCGCCACCCCGAACCAGGAUGGAGCUGCAUGGGCAGGGGGGGACCCCCAUUAAUGCCCCCCUCGAGCCUCGGCCGCCCCGAUGGGCCCAGGCCGGGGGGCUCUGGGGGGACGGGGCCGCCGGGAUCCCGUCAGCCCCGGCACAAAGAGGAAUGCGAUGAGCACAUGGUUCCCAUUAACCCCGGAGAA